AAUAUCAAUGUGUGUACACUGUUAACUAACUAUUCACGUAAUUGUAUCACACAUUCCUUCCUUCCCCAUUGUUUUGAUUCUUCUUCUUUUUUCUGUACUUUCUGCUAAACAAACUGUGGUACUUUCGAGAUGUUUGACCUCAAUCUCGGUUUCGAAGAAUUUGCCAUGGAUGAUGACACUGUUCAUCUUUCAUACGAAACGACGACGUCGGAGAAGCUGCAAGAACUUCAAAUGGAGAAUUCUGGAACAUCGAAUUCAUCCAUUGUGAAUAUUGAAACUUCCAGUACUGCCGGCGAUGAUGAGUUUUUUUCGUGUUCCGAUGAUCGUCGCCGUAAUGAUGGUUACGCAUUUGAUAUUCUUAAAGGGAAUGAUUACGAGGAGAGUGAGUUUGUUACCAAGGAGUUGUUCCCGUUGACUGGCGGAGAGGCGGCGACGGAGUUGUUGUCGCGGCAGCAGUGGUUGGAUCUCUCGGCUAAUUACGGUGGUCCGGCGGAGCAGAGGAUAGUUGUUAUUCCGCAGCAGAGGCAACAAGUGAAGAAGAGUAGAAGAGGACCCAGGUCGAAGAGUUCUCAAUACCGUGGUGUCACUUUCUAUCGCCGCACUGGUCGAUGGGAAUCUCACAUCUGGGAUUGCGGGAAACAGGUUUACUUGGGCGGCUUUGACACUGCACAUGCUGCUGCUAGGGCAUAUGAUCGUGCUGCCAUUAAAUUUAGAGGACUUGAUGCAGAUAUCAAUUUCAAUGUCGCUGAUUAUCACGAUGAUCUAAAGCAGAUGUCGAAUUUUACAAAGGAAGAGUUUGUGCACAUACUUAGACGUCAGAGCACUGGUUUCUCUAGAGGAAGUUCGAAAUACAGGGGGGUCACACUGCACAAAUGUGGACGAUGGGAAGCUCGGAUGGGACAGUUUCUUGGAAAGAAGUAUAUCUAUCUUGGACUGUUUGACAGUGAGAUAGAAGCGGCAAGGGCGUAUGACAAGGCUGUUAUAAAAUGCAGCGGAAGGGAGGCAGUCACCAAUUUUGAGCUGAGCACGUAUGAAGGGGAAUUAAGUGCUGAGGAUAAUGGAGGUGCAAGCCAUAAUCUAGAUCUGAACCUGGGAAUAGCCUCCUCUUCACAAGCUGAUGAACAGCAUGGCAACACAUGCCAAAUGGGAAACACUGAAUUCCUUCUUGCCUCAAAUGGUUUGACUGAAUAUAGAGGAGCCAUGCGCUCUCCUUCUACCACAAUGGGAAGUAAACUGCCUCAUGGCCGUCAACCGCUGACUGAUCGCCCUCUGCUCUGGAAUGGAGUGAACACCAGUGUCUUUCCCACAUUUAAGGGAACAGCAAUAGGGAAAGGUAUGGAAGUUGAUUCUUCACCAAAUUGGACUCGGCAAGACCAACAUCCUUAUGGUGGGAGUCCUUCAAUGCCACUCUUCUCUACUGCAGCAUCAUCAGGAUUCGCUAAUUCAACCUCAGCUGCUGCUCAUCAGCACCACUUUUCUACUGGGCCAUUACCUUAUCAUCAUUCGCCAUCACUUGCCAAUAUGAACUUUGCUCAUUAUUACUGCAGGAGUUGAAGUAGUUUGCUAUUUGAUUAAAAAAAACAACCACCCCAUAUCUUUUCUUCCUCUGCUCUGGGAAAGAUGCUCGAAGGACAAAAAAAAUGUGACGUAGAACUAAUUGAAUUCUAGUUUUCUUAGGAAUGAGGCAGUGUGAAACUUGUUAAAUUUGCUGUAUAAAGUUUCAAAAAGCUACACAUCUUUUAGCAGGACAGCAUUUUUACAUUGCUUUGACAAUUCUUGACUAUUAUUGAGUAUAUUCCAUUUGAGCUCCAUGGUCAA